UCCUUCCCCAUCCCCCGGUACUCCCGGCUUGAAUCGGGAGUCACUCCGGAUCUGCAGCCGAAUGACUUUACAUCUGUUUGACAGGAUCACUCGGAUCCGUCAGGAGCUGCCCGGCCGGGGCAGGCACUAGGUAUGGGUUCUGUUCCGUCCUGGCUGGUACCAGCACCGAAGUUACACACCAGUGAUCCCAGAUCUGGGACAACAAUACCCCAGCUCAUCUCCAGUACUCCCCUUGCUCAGGAGAAGCCUGCCUGCUCAACACCUCACAGAGCGUGCCUGGGACCUGCCUCAUAUCACACAUCCCAUGGAGUCCCUUUUCAUUUGGCAGACACAAGCUCUGCACUCCUGUUCUUCAAAAGAAGGGAAGGCAAGAUGAAGAGCUCUUUGCUGCUCUGCCUGGCCUUGGCCAUCUCCAUGGGACUCAUCCUCGUGGCAGGUUAUCCACGGGACCCUGAGGACAAGGAGUACGUGCUGGUCAAUAACAAGUGCAAGUGUGUAACAAUGACCUCAAAGUUUGUCCCCUCCAAGGAAAAUCCUGAUGAAGAAAUCCUGGUGAGAAACAUCCGCAUCAUAGUCCCCCUGAAGGCUCGAGAGAACAUCUCUGACCCCACAUCCCCCCUCAGAACCAAGUUUGUCUACCGAAUGACUGACCUCUGCAAGAAGUGUGAUCCCGUAGAAGUUAAUCUGGGUGGUGAGAGCUACCAGACCCAGCCAAGCAGCUCCUGCAGUGACCCUGAGAUCUGCUACACCUACAACAGGGACAAGUGCUACACCACAACCCUCCCAUUCCUCUACCAUGGGAAGGUUAAAAACGUUCCAGUAGCCCUGACCCCAACCUCCUGCUAUGCUGACUAACUCAGCCCUCUGCUCUGCCCAUGCCUGCUCACACUCUGCCUAUCCAAACACACCUCUACCACCCUAGCACCCA